AAGUUUCUAAACAAUCUAAUGCACAAGAGUGUGUUCUCGUAAAUGGACCGACUUACAUUACUUCUUUUCCUAAGCUGUGUCAAUGCGAGACUAUUUUGCGAGAAAACAAAAGUGCCACUUGAAAUGGGUAAGUGGCAUCAUCGUUUACAACAUAUGGAUUCGGCCGUCGUCGAAAAUCGCCCUGUUUCAAUACAUGAGGGGCAGAUAUAUGUAUAUGAAAAUACAUUUCCUGGUUUUAUAAUUAAUUAUAUUCAUGUGGACAAUGUCGCAAUAAGAUCGUGUGGUGCAAGUGCCACGAUAAAGAAGGGCGGCGUUGGGACAUCAUCCGUGCUAAUAGUGCUACACGCAGCUACCAACGAAGAGAUUCGGUCGGUCGUCGAUAUAUGGGGAACAAAAACCUUUGAAAGAACCACCAGAAAGAUCUUCGUGGAUGAAAAUAUUGGAAACUUAAAGUCUUUGUACCUUUUUAAAGAAUUAAGAACAGUAAAUCAUAAUAAAGGAUAUUAGUAAGGGUUACAUAACUAUGUCAUCAAGACUCAAGAACAAGAAGUUUUCAUAGUAAAUUAAUAUUGUAGGCGCCAAGCAACGACUUCAUGCUUGGACUCCAAGGACGACCUUUAGCGUACAGGAACACUGAAGGUCUAUAAAAUAUUUUUUAAAUUAAAAACGGAUUAAUAAAAUUACGGAGUCACUUUAUUUUUUAUUACAAUUUAUUACCUAACAAAAAUCAGAUACAAUCAUGAUACCUACGAUAUAAUAAUAUUAUACAUCGUUUGUUUCAAAUAAAAUGGCUUAAAUUACAACUAACAAAACAAUAUAGAUACAUAACCAAAUUUUCUAACAUUGCAGUUUUGUUAUGCAUUUGAAAAUACACGAUUGACUAGAUUAAAAGAAUUUUCUUAAACACUUUAGUGAUUUUCAUAAAGUUGCGACUGACACAAAUACUUUUAAAUAUGUUAUAA